UCGAAGCGGUGCUUCGAAAGCUCGACACAGUGUCGAAACCUGAGUAUCGAGCGGCUCCAUUGUUUACAUCCAUUAGUCUGGAUAUGUGAGCAUCUGGCUAUCGGAGGAAAAGAAGACUUCUUCGGGGGCCACAUGGAAAUGUUGACGUAGUGCCGGUCUCUCGAGUGGAAGACAAGAAUUAAAACAGAGGACAGAUCACAAGAAGGCUGCUAUCACCACUUGUUCCAUAUGGAGAAGGCAAACUCAUCUGUUCAAGGACCUCAACAUGAGAAAUAUAAAUGUGAAAUGGGGGUCUCUGAUGAAGUGUGUAACUAUGAGCAAGAAACAUAUGUCAGAAAGCACUGGGGCCUCCUUUUGAUGCAUGGUAUAGAAGUUGAUGAAGAGCACUGUAAAUGGAGUUCUGGACAUCUGGAAGAGGAAAGCAUCUGCAUGAACAAGCAGGAGGAUUGUGAUAGUGGACCUAUGGACUUUACAGUGGACUCUGAGCUGUUGCCUUACCUCAAUGAUGUGCAGAAAAACAAAACUGUCAGCAGCAUAAAGGAAGAAGACCUCAAUUCUGAGUCGGACAGGCAGUGUUCUUAUCCAGAUGAAGAGGGUCCUGGAUUGGGAUUGACCCCCAGUAGACACUGCCCCCAACAGCAACUUUCUGUCAAUGUGAAGUUGGAAUCUUUAGAAUCUGACAUUAAGAGGACAGUCAAAGCAUCAGAUCCAAGUCCUUCUGGAGAAGCUUUACAAGCCAGUGGCAGCUUCUUCUUAUCCCCAUUGGCUCAGACAUCUCCUCAGUGCAAAUCUGAACAGACAGUGGAUGAAAAGAAUAUGAAGAACCUGACAUUAGCAUCAGAGAGUGGGAUACCCGCCUCUAUGCAGGAUGAUUCUCAGCCGGAGAUGAAACUAAACACAGUUGGUGUGAUCACCACUCAAACUUGGAUACCCAAUACAGACUUAACCACAGUCUACCAGACACAGAGGGAAUUGGUUAAAAGCAAAUGUAAGUCCAGGAAUGGUAAUCUGUGUCAGACACAAGAGGAGCCAUAUGAGUGUUCUGAAUGUGGCAAGAUAUUCCAACAAAUGAGCGAUCUAAAAAAACACAGAAUAGUUCAUAAUGGAAAAAAGUCAUUUUCCAGUCCAGAAUGUGGAAAUGGAUCUACCUCCAUUAGUAACCUACAUAAACAAAUUCACACAGGAGAGAAGCCCUAUUUUUGUUCAGAGUGUAGGAAGCAAUUCCGAUCAAAGAGAACUCUUCAGGAGCACAGAAGUAUUCACACAGGAGAGAAGAAAUAUUGCUGUUCAGAUUGUGGUAAGAAAUUCCGAACAAUUAGCAAUCUUCAGCAGCACAGAAGAGUUCACACUGGAGAGAAGCCAUAUUCCUGUCCAGAAUGUGGAAAAUGUUUUACCGCCCUUGGCAGCCUUCAUAAACAUGUAAAAAUUCACACAGGAGAGAAGCCCUAUUUUUGUUCAGAAUGUAGAAAGCAAUUCCAAACACAGAGCAAUCUUCAGGAGCACGGAAAAAUUCACACUGGAGAGAAGCCAUAUUGUUGUUCAGAAUGUGGAAAGCGAUUCCGACAAAAUGCAAAUCUUCAUGUGCACAGAAGAAUUCACACUGGAGAGAAGCCAUAUUCCUGUCCAGAAUGUGGAAAAAGAUUUACCGCCAUUGGCAACCUUCGUACCCAUGUACAAAUUCACACUGGAGAGAAGCCCUAUUGUUGUUCAGACUGUAGUAAGCAAUUCCGAACAAUGAAAAGUCUUCAGGCGCACAGAAGUAGUCACACAGGUGACAAGAAACAUUGCUGUUCAGAUUGUGGUAUGAGAUUCAUAUAUUUGAGCCAUCUAAAGACCCACAGAAGAAUUCACACUGGAGACAAACCAUAUUGUUGUUCAGACUGUAGUAGGCUAUUCCGAACAAUGAGCAGUCUUAGGAGGCACAGAAGAACUCACACUGGAGAGAAGCCAUAUUCUUGUUCUGACUGUGGUAAGCGAUUUCGAACCAAGAACAGUCUACAGAUCCACAGAAGACAUCACACUGGAGAGAAGCCAUUUUCCUGUUCAGAAUGUGGAAAAGCAUUUACCACCGAUGGCAACCUUCAUAGACAUGUAAAACUUCACACAGGACAGAAGCCAUAUUAUUGUCCAUAAUGUGGUAGGGGAUUUACCAGCAUUGCCAACCUUCAGAAACUGCAAAACAUGUCAAAUGCACACUGGAGAAAUAUAUAUUGUUCUAAUUAAGGAAAACAAUUUGCCGUAAUGAAUAACCUCGAUGAACACAAGAACUCAUAGUGGAGAGAAGGCUCAAUAGGGAUGAUACAAGUACUAAAAACAAGGCCUGUAUUAGUGAAAAGAUCACUUCAUGAUUCAAGAGUCAGGUUUACAUCUGUCUUAAAAGUACUCAAACGAAUCCGUUGCUGAAAAUUUAACAUGGAAGCCUUAAUGUAGUAAGUGGGAGGAUGAAGAAUGAAGGAGCAUGGGGGUAGGAGAGAAAUGUAAGUGUCCAUACUGUUUGAAGCUUGAUGAGUAUCUUCAUGUUGUGAGGUUUGAUGCACACCACACCUCUGCAAGGUAAAUAUAUUUUUAAAAAGGACCCUAAAUGUAAUUCAAAGUGGCCGUCCAUCUCCCUCAGUAAAAGGUACCCACUCCCUGUCUCAGCAACAUGGUAGGUGAUGGUUGUAGCCAUAAGCGCAACAUCUUCAGAUGAACAGAAGAUCUCCAAAUGUGGUGUCAGUCCAAAUGGACAGUAUUGCUGGUCCCACCACAGUGGACAUGGUCAGGACACAAACCUACAACACGAGCAAAAAAAGAAGGAAACUGCAGAGAGUCCAGUGGUCACCUGAAGAUAAAGCAGGGAGGGAACACAAGUGCAUGCUUGCUGCCGCUCCUCUCUGUGAAUAACACUUUAUGUUGAAAUUUGCAAUGAGCCUUUCACAGUUUGCAUUGCUUUUCACUUUGUCUCACUGUGUGUUUUCUUCAAGGAUCCAAAUAGAUACUUUUUGUCCUCAGUUUUGGAUAUGUUUUUAGGGAUUACUCCUUUGCUGGGUUUGCAGCUUGUGAGACAAUUAAACUGAAUUUCUGUGAGCUUCACUUAAUGAAACUUUUUUUCGAUUUCCCAGCCCGUUGCCUGACGGGGAGGUCGAGAUUUUAUGAAAGUUCCAUUUUCUUUAAUGUACUGGAUUGCUGUCCACACUUUUUCUAUGUGAUUCAACAGAGAAAUGACCCGAUGCUCGGGCCCACCUGUAAGUCUUUCCUGGUUGUGUUGGCCCUGCUGGCCCAUUUUGUUUCUUCUUUGUGUACUUCAUCCCGUGUUUCAGGAUGUGUUUGUGUGGAUUGUUGACUAUUUGUCAUCUUUACUUGGGGGCUUGUGACACUAUGGGGAUCACACCUGCUGACUGUCCGUUACUGUGUACUGGGACCCCCAAGCUUUCUUCUUGACUCUUGCUGUGUUGUUGUCACCUCUCACCUUCCUCGCUGUGCAGCUCUGCUUUUACAUCAGCUUCUUGUUUGACAUCUUGCAGGUCUCCGAGCCUUGUUGAAGGAAGUCCACCAGCAGGUUAAUCAGGCCUGGAGGACCAGCCCACCUUCUAAGGAUUCACCAAUUCCCUUGGGUACCUGGAUCCUGGUUCGAGACACUCGCAGGAAACACUGGCAUCAGCCUAGGUGGAGAGGACCAUUCCAAGUUCUUCUAUCCACACCUCAUGCCGUGAAGGUUGAAGGACUGCUUGCUUGGAUCCACGCAUCGCAUUGCAAAAGAUGGCUCUCCUAAAACUACUUUUUCUAUUGUCUGCUGCCCGCACACUCUCAGGCUACCCAAGAAUGGGUGGUGAUCUCCUCGUUUACAAGAUGAAAUUGAACCGGAACGAGAAAUACCCGAAUAUCACAGUCACACAGGGACUCACCACUUCAGUGCAAAUUGACUUCUGUUCAAUUGUAGACUGUGGAGCCGGACGACAAGAACAAUGGGUCUGGUCUGACAA